CAACGAGACAUUUCAUUGUUUCCACCUGUACCAUACAGCACUUUUGGCUGAACUGUUCCUUUAAAAAUCCGAGUGCAGCUGGUAACUCGUAAACAGAACGGGUCCCUUUAAAUCGUGCGUAGAGUGGAGCAGGUGGGUGUUCCCCUGCGCAACACACACAGCGCUGCUGGCACCGAGCGCAGUCACUUUUCACGGAAAUCUGCGGCUUGUCCUCGACGCUUUAGAGAAAUGCUGCAGCUGAAUGACAGCGUGGACCCUGAGAGCCCGGGUGCGGCUGUCCUUCACCCGGCGGACUGUGAUGAUGGGCUGGAUUUGGGCCGAGCUGGAGCUUCGGUGGCCUGCUGCACCCCGCUACAGACCCUCACGCCUUUCCAUGUCCACAACCCAACCAUGCGAGCCAGAGUCAAGGACUAUUUCGUCUUCAGGGUGAGUAAGAAACACAGUAUUCACUACAGAACGCCCGGACUCGGUAGUCGUAGUCUUAGUCUUGAGAAUUUCAAGACGCAGCUCGUCCAGGCUGUGAAAAAAGCCCAUAAAGACUUCCCCAUCCCGGGACGAGCCAAUGGCGUGCUGAUACUGGAGCGGCCGCUCCUGAUCGAGACCUACCUGGGCAUCAUAACCGUUCACAAAAAAGAAAAUGCAAGCAAAGUGAACGGCAGGUUCUGCGCUAAAGGAAAUCUUUUGAAAUCUCGAUCUCAGACGCCAAAAUCGUGGCUAAAACCUUUCAGUGAGCUCUUCAUACGGUGCUGUAUACACAGGAAGACAAAUAGAAAUGAAUUCUGCUCACAAUUUCAGCUUGAGAAUUUCAAGACGCAGCUCGUCCAGGCUGUGAAAAAAGCCCAUAAAGACUUCCCCAUCCCGGGACGAGCCAAUGGCGUGCUGAUACUGGAGCGGCCGCUCCUGAUCGAGACCUACCUGGGCAUCAUGUCCUUCUUCAACAAUGAAGCCAAACUGGGCUACGCCAUGACCAGGGGGAAAAUCGGCUUUUAACUCCUGAAAUCUCCCUCCAUCGCUCUCAUCCUCCAGUCAAGUGCUGUUUUUGAGUGAUACUGCUAUACUUGAGUAUGUGAGUCCAGUACAUGCUGCUUGUUUUGUUGUUUGGAUGUAUAUAGCGUGUGAAAUGUGCCCGGCGGUGAGAUGUGUGGUCACUGCAGCAGGAUGUGCCUGGAUGAAGCCCUCUUCCUCUAUUCACAUGUGGUAAAGAAAAAAAAGCCUUUCUAAUGCGUUCGAAUGGUUUGGAGAUGCAGUGUGUGUGUUACUGGCAACGAUUUGACCAUUGAUCACUAUCUCUAUUAAGUCCCUACAAAUGGCGUGCCCUUUUAAGGGCGCAAAAAAGCCAUUUGGAAUUCACCCUAAAGCUCACAACGCUUGCCCCGCCUCCGGGGUCUUCUGAUUGGUCCAUUGUUUUGGAACUGACAUUGAGCGGCACUGUGUGUAAAAGUUUAAAUUCUUUUAACUUGACACAGCAUCUUAAAAACGUGGCGCUCAUGUGCGACACGCUGCAAAAGAUAUUGCAUAUGUUGCAUUCUGAACAUUUUACUUUGACAUACUGGACUUCGGUCAAAGUGGCGAUGAAAAUCCGUCCAGGCAAGCAUUUCCCAAAAGCAUCGUGAGCUAAAUUGAUCAUAGAGACCGCUGGUGCCAAUGGUUCUACAGUCUACUUGGGCUUACGAUGCUUUUGGGAAGUGCAGCCCGGAUCUUUUCAUCUGUGUUUUGAUGUAGUGUAAAUUCGUUAAUCCGAGUGUAAUGGAUUAACGAAAAGGAAAAAAUAUAGGGUGUGAAUUUGGCUCUAUGCAUGGGUUGUUGAUUGUAUUUUGAGAAGUGGGUGUUUGCGGAGACGGGUUUAAGUGCACUAGAUGAUCUGAGAAGUCUGCUCACUGGAAGGUUCAGUUAUGACAUUUUGAUUAAACAAUACAAGCUCAAAAACAAGAAAUAAAAUAA